UUUUUUAAAGUAGUCAUGGGUGAUUCUUUUCACAAUCUAUCAUUAGCAACAUACGUAACAGCACACAAGAACUGGUAAAAGUAGGUCACGGCUUAGAAUAGUGUAAAAAAGAGCACACCAAAACAAGUAGAACGUCUGCAGACCUGGGUGGUAUCGAUUCCUCUCUAGAUCCUAUAAAAAUAUGGACGAUAAAGAAGUUCGUCUUGAGGCCUGCCAACUUAGAGAACUAUUCAGAGGGCGCUUCUCCCAAGAUGAGAUGGAAAAAGUCGUCAGUGAAAUGGGCGGGAAACUGCAAGCAUUGGACUUUAUACUCAGAGUUGAUCCAGGUCAAGUUAGUGGAUUUAUGAAAAAAAGUACACAGUAUAUAGAGAAUCUACAGAGAGAUUCCAUUCACCUGAAUGAAGUUCUUGAGUCUGGAGUCUUUGAUGUCGAAACAUCAAAAAGACAGUUUGGGUGCAAGGAUUGUCAGCGAAGCUGGUGGAGAAAAGUUCCACUUAGGAAAGAAGUGUCUAGAUGUCACGUCUGCAAGACGAGAUAUGAAGCAAUCCCUAGGGAUAAAGAGUGGGGAUGGGGAAUGUUUUACUGUGAUGGAGAAAACUGCGGAGAAGAAUUUCAAGGUUUUGCUGUGAUGGGCAUGACCAAGAGCAUGUGCCAUAGGUGUGGCUACUACGUGCUGGUGGACCACAUCAUACCUCCCAAUAAGUUCAGCAGAAAUAAAAAGAAAAGGACCCGUGACACCCACGACUGUAAUGGGAUCAAUUGCUACAGACGGAAUCAAGAUGGCAGUCUGAUUAUGGAUCGUGCAGCAAUCUGCAUACACCCAAAGUCUAAACCAUUCCGGCCUCCAGACGCUCAGUACCGCACAUGGAGCCAAGCCCACAGGAGUACCGGGUCCACCGUAGAUACCCACAUAGACCAGCGAAGUGUCUUUUCCGGAAGCGGAAGUUUCGCAUACACACUGCCAAGCAGACGAUGACGCCUUGAAACGCAAUCACCUGACCUAAUUCCUCAUUCCUGUGAAGAAAACAUUCCGAUUUCAAAAUUGAGAGGAAACUAAAUGCAAAAGUUUCCAUGAACAAUGGCGUAGAGAUCUCAAGGGUAGAGAAGCCACUGCAUAGUUUCGUCUCGUCCAUAGUGUAAUAAUAAAAGAAAUGUAAUAAAUACA